AUGAAUCGGGAGGGGAAUGGCGAGGCUGCUGCUCUUCCGGAGCCGAAGCUAGAUGCCGGCGGAGAAGUUGAUUCGGUUGCGGAGAAGAUGCAGCCGACUGCGACUGAGGUGGAGAAUGAGGAUGUUGGUAGGGAUACGAAGAGGCUGAAGAAGAAUUCGGCAGGGGAGAUGCGGCAGGUGGCUGAGAUGCUGCUGGUGUUGUCCGCCAUGGGGCAGAUGAGAGGAGGGAGGGAUCCUACUGAGGCCGAGGAGAAGCUGAUGGUUGAAGCCAAGGAUAAAUUGGCGGAGAUCUGUCAGCGUUUUGCGCCUAAGGAGUUGGUGGCUGGAGAUGCAGUUGGGAAGGUUAUCGAGGAUUUGGGGCUCAAUUGGAAGCUCAAUGACCAGCGGUUAGGAUUUCGUGGAUCCAGGAUGUCGAUUAAGGAGAAGGUUGCCCACGCAAAGCGAAAGAUGGAAGAUCCCAAGAAGGUCACUCCACAUGCAUCUCAGACAUCACAUCCUAGCUUUGCGGUUAUAGCUGAAGGUCGUGUUCCGACGCACACUAUUCGGCCUCUUCCGUUAGAGAAACCAACUCAUGCGCCUUUACUUUCUGGAACUGCGCCAGUUCAUCAUCCUUCUUUCACUCAUGUUUCUGCAACAGCAGCUUAUCUGCAGGCUUCCAAUGCGGAGGCAAAAGGAGCUGCAGCAUCUGGGCGGUUACCUAUUAAUCAUUUGGGGAGCUCAUCUGUAGUAGCAGCACCCAGAGGGCAGUUCAUUAAGGUUGAAGGAGGACCAAAUGCGAACACGUACACUCUAAAUCCAAAUGCUCCUUUACACCAUCCUGCGGGGAAUGCUCCAAUUUGGUCUGUACAACCCAGUUCCUUCCCCUCUAAGGUGGCGGCAGGGAGCAAGGUGCCAAAUCAUACUCCUGUGAAGGCUGAUGGGAUUGCUGGUUCAGGUGUACCACGGGCAGCUCUUCAAGGUUCUAGUCAAGCAUUCAGACCGCCAUUUACUCAAACAGCAGCAACAAGUAUGCCUAGCGUGCAUCAGCCUAUGCAAACUGUGAAGGCUGUUUACAGUAAUCACAGUGAGAUUGCCAAAGUUGUUCAGAAGUUGCUUCAACCGAAGCUUCCUGAACAUCCCACUUGGACUCCACCUUCAAGGGAGUACAUGAACAAGGCUUUGACUUGCCAAAGCUGCAACCUCACUAUCAAUGAGGUUGACAAUGUUAUUAUUUGUGAUGCUUGUGAGAAAGGAUUUCACCUAAAAUGUCUGGAAUCUGUACUCCAGAAAGCUGUUCCUAGAGCUGAGUGGCACUGCAUGAAAUGCACGUCAUUAAGCAAUGGGAAACCGUUUCCCCCUAAAUAUGGCCGUGUCAUGCGAAGCAUAACCCCUCCAAAGGGGCCUGCAAGUGCUACUCAGGUUGGAGCUCAGUCCUUGUCAGAUAAGAAACUAGUGAAUAUGGGUCAAAGGGGUGUUCAAGAUAAAAUGAGCUCUGUGUUAGAAAGUGUUACAGAAUCUGGCUCUGCUGGGUGUGUCACCCUUGUCUCUGGUACUAAGAUUGACAGUGAAAGGGGACUGCCAGGAAAUAGCAUCACUUCAAAAGGAAAAGAUACGGGCUUGAUGCCAUCUGCUGGAACUCUCCAAAAUGAAGCUGACCCAAGAAAACCUCCGGGGCAUGAUUUAGCUUCAGUUGCCUUGGCAGGUGAAAUGUGCAGUCAACAAAUUCAAUCACCUGGAUCACCAAUACAUGAUAAGAGAUCCACUUCUGAACUAAAGCUGGAUCCUCCUGCUUUGCUUUCCAGCCACAUUCAUGAUACUUAUGAAGCCAAAUCCCAGCACAAUGUGCAAGAUGUUGCCGAAACAGGAGCUGUAAACACUGCUAAAGAUCUUUUAGUUACUUGCCAAGUGGGCACUAAUGCUGAAGAAACAAAGAUUACAUAUGCUUCAGGAUUUGAUGUCAAACAAAUUGAGGAAGGUGAUUCUCAAACACCUUCUCAUUCACUAAAUGAUGACAAACAAAGUGAGGUUGAUGUUGCUCGCUUACCUGGUUCAAAACACGAUGUCAAGCAAAGUGGGCAAGCUGUUGAUCUUGCACCUUCUGCUUCAGAACAAAAGGUCAAGCAAGAUGAGCAACCUGUGCCUUUUGCCUCAGAACAAAAUGUGAAGCAAAGUGAGCUAGAUGUUGGCCAUGCACCUUCUGCUUCAGAACACAACAAUGAGCAAAAUCAGCCAGAUGUGGGAUAUGCACCUUCUCUUUCAGAACAAAAUGCUGCGCUAGGUGUGGGUCAUGUGCCUUCUGCUUUGGAACACAACGUCAAGCAAAGGGAGCAAGGUGUUGCUCGUGCAGAACACAAUUCUAAGCAAAGUGGGCAUGGUGUUGCUCAGGGUCCUUCUGCUUCAGAACACAACAUUAAGCAAACUGAGCAAGGUGUUUCCCCUGUGCCUGCUUCAGAACACAAUGCCGAGCGAAGUCAGCAAGGAGUUGAUCACGCACCUUCUUCAGAAGAAGAAAAUGGCAAGCAAAUUGAGCUAGGCGGUGUUCUUGCUCCUUCAGAACACAAUUUUCAGCAAAGUGAGCAAGGUGUUUCCACUUCAGAACAAAAUGUUGAGCAAACUGUGCAAGGUGUUGCUCAUGCAUCUUCCGUGGAACAGAAUGUUGAGCAAGGUGUUGCUCAUGUCCCUUCCGCAGAACAGAAUGUUGAGCAAGGUGUUGCUCAUGCCCCUUCUGCAGAACAUAAUGUUGAGCAAACUGAGCAAGUUGUUGCUCAUGCCCAUUCGGGUUCAGAACACAAUGUUGACCAAAGUGAGCAAGGUGUUGCUCAUGUACCUUCUGCUUCUCAACACAAUUUUGAGCUGCAAAGUGAGCCAGCUGUUGCCCAUGCACAUCCCGGUAAUAGCAGUAAUGGUUCCAGUAUGACCGUGCAAUUGUCUGCUGAGGUGCUUCAAACUGUGGAGUGGGUUGGUUCUGCCCUUAAUGUUUUUGAUGACAAAGCAUUCUACGAGUCUUGUUGCAUUGGAGGAGUGGUGUACAAAGUGCUGGAUCAUGCCCUUUUCCAUUCUAGUCAUGGCAGAUUGAUGCCUUCUAAGCUUCAGUCAAUGUGGGAGGAUAUGAAGACUGGGUCGAAGUGGAUUAGAGUCAGUACGUGCUAUUCGCGGGAGGACUUACCUGAGGGUGUAGGCCAGCCAUUUUCUCCCGAAAGUAAUGAGGUUUAUGAUUCCAACCAUGAGAUUAGUGUGAUGGCUGGGUUGAUUCAAGGCUCAUGUAAAGUUCUGCCUCCUGUCGCCUAUAAAGAAGAGAGUGAAAGAAGGAGCCAAUUGGCAGCAGAGAUAAAUAACAAAUCAGAACCAGUUUUCCUAUGCAAGUGGUUUUUUGAUAAACUCAGAGGAAGCUUUCAACCUGUUUUCAGUUGA